GCGUAGCUGCGAUGUCCGAGAAGUGCUGCAGAGAGGUUGCAGGACAGGGCAUCCUCAAGAGAAAGAGAGCAUCGGUUGAGAAUAAAGAAAAUUCCAGUGUACACAUGUUUAUUAUUCGCCGCAAAGAUUCAGUCUCAUCCUGUUGGGUGUCAAUGUUGAGCUUCCAGAACAGGGGCAUUCAUGUCUUGGUGGACUCUUGUAACUCUUAUCCACAAGGCAGUGGCAUGGUUUGCGGGCUGCUACGGUGUUGUUAUCGAAUAUUUUGGGUGGAGACGUGCGAUCCAGGUUACACUGGGAGGCGGGCGAAGAACUGAUCGGCUAUAGUGUUCCUGCUGGGUUGAAAACGCGGAGGUUGGGGACGAGACAUGGCGCCAGUUGCAAUGUUGUCGACGAUACCGGCCACUGAGGCACCGGCACGCCCUGGAUGUGGAGGGGCAUUGGACUACUCGACUCCAGCGGCGGUUCCUGGAGCCAAGAGGGCCGAUCUUACUGAUGAAUGUCAAAGUUAUGCAUACAAGAAAUUGCAAACUCUGCUGUCAGACUCGCGCGAAAUUUUGAUUGACAAUGAUCAAGGGGGCUACACGAUCCCCGCGAAGGGACUGUACCCGUACCAAUGGAAUUGGGACUCCGCGUUGGUGGCGAUGGGGUGGGCCACGCUUGACGAAGCACGCGCAUGGGAGGAGAUGACCAAGCUCUUCUCCGCGCAGUGGGACGAUGGGAUGGUUUCCCAUAUCGUUUUCCACAAGCCUUCCACCACCUACUUCCCUGGCCCUGAGAUUUGGGGCUCCGUGGAGAAGCCGCGCAAAUCUACAGGCAUCACCCAACCACCUGUGGCUGCCAUAACAGUACGAAAUCUUUUCGAGCAAGCCGUGAAUAAGGAACUGGCCUUGACGAAAGUGAGAGAGCUCUUCCCCAAACUUCUUUCAUGGCAUCGUUGGUUCAAAACCGCUCGCGAUCCCGAGAACACUGGUCUGGUAGCCACUCUGCACCCUUGGGAGAGUGGCAUGGACAACAGCCCCGCAUGGGACGAGCCGCUCCGCAACGUCCCCGUCGAUGAUAUUCCACCAUACGUGAGGGCAGACUUGACCCAUGUGAACAGCUCCAUGCGCCCAAGCCAGGCCGAGUACGAUCGUUUUCUUACCCUCGUCUACCGCUUUCGCGCCGUGGACUACGAUUGCAACCAGCUCUACUACUUGUCCCCCUUCCGUGUCACCGAUUUGUGCACUAACAGCGUCCUCUACCGCGCCAAUCUCUCCCUUAGAUGGCUGGCCGAGUUGCUUGGAGAGUUGGACGUCCUCCCUGAGAUUGAUGGAUGGCUGGAAAGUACUCGUGCAGCGUUUAGCAGUCUUUACGACCCUGAGGCAAAGAUGUUCAAGUCCAAGGAUCAGCUGACGGGGAAGUUGUUGAAUGCCAGCACAUCUGCCGGUUUCCUGCCUCUCUUCGCCCGGAUUGCUACUCCUACACAAGCCCAGGAACUCGCUGGCACCCUGGAACGGUGGUUGAGUUGCGUCAAAUACGGAAUCCCUAGCAACGACCCUGAAUCAGCCGAUUUCGAAGCUCUCCGCUACUGGAGAGGACCCAUCUGGGCCAUCGUGAACUGGAUGAUCACCGAUGGCCUUCGUGCUUACGGAUUCGACUCCCUUGCGCAGCGCGUCGAAUCCGACACCUAUGAACUUCUUGGGUCUGGCAUUUACGAGUACUAUGACCCCACUGACGGCAAACCAGCAGGCGGUGGCAGCUUCUCGUGGACUGCCGCGAUGUGCCUCGCUUGGCUCAGCAAAGCCGUCCCUUCUUCAUAGAUGACGACCAACUAUACAAAUACCGUAGAAACCGCUCACUCAUAUAAACAAAUGCGAUCCCACACGAACACCAUCCUGCCAUGCGAGAAGUCCGGUCUCAGGCUUUUGUAUAUUGACAUGCCUGAAGAUCGCUUGACUGAAGAAGUAAUUGGUAAUAACAACUGCUUGAUACUCUCUUUGACAGAACCGACAAGUAGCUUAACAUACAGACACCAACAACAGACAGACCUAACUUAUGAUUGACAGAGUUUCUCGGAACAACAUUUUGGCUACGGCAACGGCGAACCUGUGGGCAGGAUCUUGUGGGUGAGGAAGUAUUAAUGAGGAAUGUCGUAAGUUAUAACUGGUUAAAGAAUAAGUGAUUAGUAUAGAAGUUAGUAACAUGAAGAAGCAACCCCAAGCAAUUCGAGAUUUGAAUUAGAAUAAUGGCAGUGAAGACAGCUUUCGACAUUUUAUUGACAAUGGUGAUCAUGCUUGGAGCCCACAAGGGGGUUUCAACUGGAACAUGCUGCGCCCGCAUUAAGGGUGGAUAUACGUACCAUGGAAAGGAACUCUAUAUAAGAAAAAAAAAUUCCACCUA